UAACAUCUCCUUACUUUCGCACUAAAUAAUGUCCACUGGCAAGCGUCUAGCAAAACGUUCAAUAAUUGGCACGCGAGUCUGUGCACCCGGUCCAGACGGUCUCUGGUAUUCGGGCGUGAUCCAAGACGUUAAGACGCCACCGAGCGCCAAUAACCUGCCCGAGAACAACAAUUGCAUAAACUUAACGCCCGACACUAAGUACGUUGUCCGUUUCGAUUUCAAAACGCAAUCGUGCGAAUCCGACUUGAGCCUUCCCCAGAGGCGGAUGCUCAAAUAUAUGCUUCUGAACAAUAUUUCGCCGGCCCAGUCGUUGCGCCGUAACGCAAUGACCAAGGAAUUCCAGGAGCACGAGCUUAUCGGACCCGGGUUCCGAUCGAUUAUUGGAGUUCAAUUGCAUCCGGGUCAGCGCGUUUUCUUGACCCAUAACGGCCGCGAAGUUUCGGGAGACGUUUUAACACAUGACGCAGAGAAGGACGAAGUCGCUGUGAAGAUAACACCGAUUGGAUCAGAGGAACCACUCGAACUUAGAAAGCGUCUCGAAGAAGUUCGUCUAUUGGAAUCACGUCGCUCGGCGCGUCUUGCUGAUCAGGAUCGCGAUACAGAUUUCGCAAGAUUAGCCGAUAUGGCCGGAGAUCGACGUAGACCGUCACACAGUAUUGAUGUGCCACAUACACUUGCAAUACAAAAUUCACGAAAACGUCCACCGUCAUGCUCACAGGAUGAACGCGAGGCCUAUCAAUUUCGUGGCGAUGAAAUGGAUGAAUGUAAUGCUGCCCUUGUACUUAUGAGUUUAUCGUGUUCACCAAAUUCACCACAUCCAGCAGCAUGGAAUCGCCAUUUGGGUUCAAGUCCUGGAAGCAGCAAUGCAUCAUGGAGCUCAUCAGGAUCAUCGUCCCCACCGUUAAGUGACGAUUUUGGAAUACAACCGACAAUAAGUGAUAGCAAUACUGCCAGAAAUCGCACUGCUUCUACUUCUGAUGAAGGCAUUGUUAUGGAUUACAGCGAGGAAGCACCAAAAAAGAGAAGGGCUCAUGGUCCACGCUUUCAAUGCACUUGGAAAGGAUGUCAUCAAUAUGAGAACACUGUGGCCAAAAUUGAAUUACACGUGCGAACUGCUCAUUUGGGCCCGAAAAAGCCACGACACUCAUUCGAUGACGAUGGUGGUACAUUCAGCGAAAGCGAUCAUGAAGAAGAGUUUUAUUACACGGAAAUCGAAGAAGAUGACAAAAGUCCAACUCCACCAUCUCCGCCCACGCUUAGCCAUCGCGAUAUGGCUCGGCCGCCACAUGAAGAUCCUGAAUUUCAAAGACAGAUAGUCGGAAGCUUUAGGCAACACAAUAAAGGAUUACUGGCAUUAUCUCAAAACGGUAACGGAAAUAUAAGAAACUCACCGAAUAUCAAUGCUGGUCCAAUAAACAUACCAACAUCUCCAAUGUCUCAUCAAAAAUACUCGUGGUCUCAACAGGGUCCAGCAUCACCGUCAAAAUUACCACGCCACUCACCGCGUCCGUCCACAUCGUCAGCUCCGUACCCUUCACCGACCUACAUGCAUCAGCACCAUUAUAACAGUCCAAAUGGUCACCACCAGUCCAUACAGCAUUCUCAUCUCCACCAACAACAUCCACAAAGCGUCACAUCAAAUAGCGUCCAUCAUUCACCAACGUCGACGCAGUCAUCGAUAGCUACUCUAUCUCACAGUGCUCCCGCCGCCUCAACUCUCUCAUUAGCUGGCCAUACACCCACCAUGCAUCUGGCGCCACAUCAUCCGCAACCGCAUCAUCACACGGUUCCAACGCAAUCACAUCAUCAUCAGCAAAUCCACCAACCACAUCACCACCAACAGCCACCUCAGCAACAAGUGGUGGGGUCAAGUAGCGGUCAACAUCACCAACAAUCACCUAAGGGUCGAACUCGCGGUGAGAAUAAGAAAUGCCGAAAAGUCUAUGGUAUGGAUCACAGGGAUCAAUGGUGCACUCAAUGCAAAUGGAAGAAGGCAUGCAGUCGUUUUGGUGACUGAAAGCGGCCCAAAUCGUCAGGCGUUGUCGCAUCAGGCAAUGGCGUCGUGGCUCACAGUAGCAACAAUAGCACUGCAACUAUACGAAAUGGAGGUCCUGCAGCAACGGCACCAACCGCUAUCGCAACUGCAUCAAUCGUGACUACUGUUGCUCCAGUCCCAACAUCCGUUAUAGUUGAACGACCCUCAGCCUCAUCAGCAACCCUGACGAUCAUCAAUAACCAACACCAUCAGCAGAUGCAUCAAAAAUUUUAAAAUCAAAUUGAUGUAAACAUUUCUUGUUUGUGUAAAUUAAUUAUAUUUCGUCUAUGUAAGUAUGAAAAUUUAUGAAUUUCUGUAACUUGUUCAGUUGAACGUAUUUAUUUCUUGUGGUGAAAUACACAAAUUUAUGCAAACAAAUAGCAAGAGAUUGCCAAUAAGGAAUGGAACCGAUUGUGGUGCAAAGAAGUAGGAGUGCAUGCUUAAAAUGCGGGAGAAAAUCAAUAUCACUUUGUUGCAAUCGCAGGCGCCAAUUAAUUACAAAUAUUUAGUAAAAUCAUGGCGAAAAUAUAUUUUAAAUAUUUUGAAAUCUAUUUUACAAAAUAUUUGAAAUCUAUAUUUUAUGUAUACAAGAGAAGAGAAGAGAAGAGAAGGACAAACACAAAUAACAAUUUUAAAAAUGUGUAAUAGAUUUUUAUUUUUGUUUAUUAUUAUAUUAUUAUUAUUAUUGUAUGUUAAAACAGACCUGUUUUUUGUUGACUCUAUUUAAGUGAUAUUUUAUCAAUUUAUUUUUAUUAUUGCAUAUAUAUUAUAUUAUAUCUAUUUUUGUGCAUAGUAUUUAAGCGUGAUAUAUAUACAAGAAACAAGAGAAAAGAGAUACAUCUAAGCUAAACGCAAGUGAAACCACUAAAACCCUUCGAUACACAACAGUCGAAGAAUGACAAAGAUACAAGAAACAAGAACACAGAUCAUAAGAGCAAAGAAAACAACAACAAAAGUGAGAAUAAAAGAUGUAAAAUCAAUUUUUGUUGAUGUUUCUAAUAAACCUUAAAAAUGUACAACCGAUAAAUCACAUUAUUAACGAAAUAAAGUUUAAAAAAAAUAUUGCAAAUACGAGAUUUAGGAACGUCAAGUUAUACAUAUAUAUUUUAUUUAGUGUGUAAGUUCGAUGCGCGAAAAAUAUAUUAUUUACAAAAGAGAAUAAUAAAAUCAAGAUUUCGAAAAGAUUCAUUAGAUUAACGAAAAAUAACUAAGAUGAAAAAAAGAGAAAAAAUGCGUUUAAUUCAUUUAAGAGAUAAAGUAGGGUCGUAAGCAAGAAAUUAUGUUCAGAUUUUAAGCGAGGCAUAUACAUAUAUAUAUAUAGAAGAGCAAACUGCAAAGCAAUUUUUUAAAAAUCAUUCUUUCUGUCUUUAGAAUUUAAUAGUUUUUUCUCUGAAAUUACGUUUUUUUGUAGGUUUUAGCUGUCUUUCGAGAUCCAAUUUAUCUAUUGUUGGUGUUUCUAACUAUUUCAAUCUUUAUUUAGUUUUUUAUCUUUUGAAUCGGUGAAGAGUUUUUUUAACAGUAUAAAGUGAUCAAUCGAAAUAUUGGGUACAAAAUUUUCCUUCAAAUUAUCGUUGAUUUCAUCAUUUCUAUCGUGAUAUAUUCUGGGGACUGCGAAUUACAAGACUGUGACCUUAUGAGAUGAAAAUAUUGAAUAUUGCCAAUUAUUCGAUGUCAGUGAGUAUUAAAGUCAUUUAUUUGUUAUGGAAUAUUUAUAUAGAGGCUAUACAUAUUUUUUGAAAUCAAUUCCAUUUCAUAGAAAUGAAAAAAGAACAGUACAAUUUCCCAUUUGUGGCCAUUUAAAAAAAAUUGUUGGUAUAAUUUUAUGUCGUCACUUGUUAUCUGAAAUCCUAGUUCUAAAAGAUUUUCGACAGAGCACUGCCAGCCAAAGCAGAUCGAAUCAAUAUUCGAAGGAGAAAUAACCAACGUUUGGAUUCACCAGGGCCUACAACUCGGGGGCUUUUGCAAUGAAAGGGAUACCUUUGCAAGACAGAAAUCGUCCAAGCAUCAAAUCAAAAACUCUUGGUGAUAGGACCUAUUUUCUGCUCCGCCAGGCACUCAUUUUUUGAGAAUGCCCUGCAAAGUUAUUUUAUUUGAAGUCGAUAACUCUUUCCCAGACAAAUUCUUCCAUUCAGAUAAAUCUCUUGAGCCCCUCGACGCUAUCUAAAAGCCAUGGACAAUCUCUGUCUGCGUCGUGUCGGGAUAUUCUGGCCAAAUACAAUUUCAAACGAAGAGUUUGGCCGUCAUACCUCCGGCCCGUAAACGUGUUGAUUAAAAUACGCAAUUGGCAGUGGAUAGGUCACACAUUAAGAAAAGGUGACAACUCCUUUUCUGGUUAGGCCAUGCUAUGAGAUUCAUUAUCCAAGGAUGGCCCACAGAGUGAAUCGACCCAGAAACACAUAACGCAUGACAGUGAAAAAGUGAUGCAAAUUUUUCGGGUCACGUUAAAAGGAGUCUAAGUAAAUUUCAUCGAACCGACAACGGAGGUGCGAAAGUGUGGCGGACACCCAUUGCCCCAUUUACGGUUCAAUUCACAAGCCCAUUCAAAAUCUCAAUACUAAAAUAUGGUCUAAUAUUGAUAACAAUCUCCAAUAAUAGUUCUGGACGGUUACCUCUUUUAAUCGAUCAACAUCAUGAUCUUAAUGGCAAUAAUAUUUUGUUUUGUUAUGAUGAACUUGUUUUGUAAAAUUCGGUGAAUACUCGAUCGGAAUUUUCAAAAAGCCAUGAACAGAACGAUGUUUGUCAUGCCAUAAAUUCCACUACUAAGGAAAGAAAUGAAGGAACUGGACCGAUUGGAGAGAAACCUUCUCCCACUGGUUUUGGUUCACGGAUAUUUUUCGAGGCUAAACACCUAAUGUUUUAUAAAGUAGACAUUUUACGGUUUCGUUCGGGUCAAAGACCAUUUAUCAAACGCUGCCGGAUGGAUCCGCAAACCCGACACUGGGAUGAGUCAUUUUGAGGACGAAAACCGCCUGGUUCAGGCUUACAUUGGCCGAAACAGAAAUAAUUUUUGUUUUGGAAUUGAGGAAGUUCAAUACCGGCUAUCUACGACCCUCUCUGGUCUACUUUACAUUCGCGCUCCUUUCUUUUUCCUCUUGAAUAUUGAGUAUUAUUGCGUAGUUCAUACACUGUAGAUGGGCAGCCCUACAGGACGGUUUGUAGUCAGACCGUGGUCGAGGCUUUGGACUCAUUUUAAACAGUAUUUGCUGUACCUAGUGCCGCCAUUCAGCUCCAACACAAACUGCUCCAGAUAUUCUGCGUAGGACCUACCUUUCAAAGACGUUUAACAUUUCUCUCCUCCGAAACGUACGCUACCAUAGCAUAACACUAUCUAAUUAUUAUUUUGUAACCGAGCAACUUUAUCUUCCUAAGUAAAUUUUAGGCUCCAGAAUGGGGUGAAUAUUGACCAGCUGGAUUUUUCCUUUUACCUUGUCAAUUUCACAUGGGUCUUUUGAAAUUUCGUUGAAUUGUCAACAUAUUCAAAUAUUUCAAACUGUAUUCAACAAUUGCAAUAUUCUAAGUGGUGUUAUUCCUCCGAUUGUGAUGAUAACUCUCAUUUUGUUUUCUUUCAUUCUAAUUACAACUUCUUUCAGUGUCACAUCAAGGCUUACCAGUGUUCCUUUAGCCAUUAGGACCGGGAAAAGAUGCCAAUGUCAUCAACAUACACCAUUAUUUUUUGGAACUCAGAUAGUAUCGACAAUCCUAGUAUUAGCGAGGAGUUUCACGAUUACAAGUUUGAGUUCUGAAUUCGAAAACUUAGGAUCGAGUACAAUUUUCUGUCUUAAGUCUGUUCCGAUUGGUAAAUGGGACAGCCAGCAUAUAAACCCGCAUUUGAACUAUCGUCGGUCAGCGUCGUUUUUAUUAGACGGUUUGGUUUCGCUUCAUUGCCGAAUAGUGGCAUCAUUUUUCGUAGUAUAAGCUGGCUUGGAGUCCACACAUAUUUCGGAGAUAGCUAAAGCGUAAUAGUUGAUGUGUUGCACAGCAAAAGCGACAGCCCAUCGAGCCUUAGUCUCCAGAAUAUAUCGCCUACAAAAAUUUCAGUCUCUUAACCGCAUCCUUCAAUUGCCAAAUCCUAACAGCGACCUGGUCCCAUCUUUUCCGUGGCUUCUCUUGUGGUUGUGUGCCUCGAGCCGUAGUCUUCAGCAUGCACUUGGAUAUUCUUGCGUUGUUCAGAUGCUCCACAUGACCCGCCGAAUGGAGCUUGUAGUUUGAUUAGAAUGAAUGCAGAUGCUUCACAGAUUUCGUACAACACCGCGUUGUAUCUGGCUCUUUAGACUACACCCUCCCUUAUCGCUCGGCUCAUUUUCAGAUGCCUUGUCAUGGUCCAAAUUUCACAGCCAAAUAGUGAGACAGGUCUGAUUAUAAUUCUGUAUAUGCAGAAUUUGUUCUUCCGUUUUUUAUUUUAGAUUCGAUAAGACCGAGUAAAAACUCUUACUUUACUAGACCGCUGCUGUCUCCUUUGCAUCCUUUCUCCGGUGUGCUUCAAGAUACAUGAAUAUGGCAAGGUUCUCUCCUACCUUAUUUUUUCUCGUGUUGGGGAAGAUUAUAAAUUUUGGUCUCAUUGACCAGCUACCUUGGCUUAAGGGAUUGAACGUAUCAUGAUGGUAAUAUCGUUCGUGAAUGCUUCUAAUUGGCCGAAAGAAGUGACGAACCUAGACCCGUCGAGAAGGCGGAAUAGGAAAGGUUUCUUCGAGCGGCCGUGAAUAAAGAAUCUUUAAGCAAAUUAUAUGGGUUCUGCGAUUUCUUCGCUAUGAUGUUGAUCAAGACCGACCGACCCCUCUAUCGGACAGGACAAAGGCUAUAGUAGUGUAAGCCCGUAUCCACUUUAUAUCUAGUGAUUGGAGCCCCAGAAAAUUUCCAGAAUUAGUCAUACCACUCGUAUUUAUAUCCCAUUCGAUCCUAAUUCGUACCUUAGGGCGUCUUUGGCAUUAGUGUCUCGCUUCCUGUUUUAAAGGUCAAAGUAUCAAUUGACAUGAUCACCUUGUCUUAUUAGUGUUGCAGGUUACAUUCGGCUGAGGAAUGGCUCAACUCAGAUGUUCACUGCAAUAUGGAAAGUCAUCGUUUAAUUAAGAGCUAGGAUAGACUGUCUUGAAAAAGAAUAUGAGACAUCUAAUCCAAUUCAUGGCCAGUGUAAUAUUUUAUGCAAGUUAAAGGUUUAGGGUAGGAAGUCUGAAGUUAGAAUCUAACGUAAUUUCAUAAGGACUCUUCUUGAAAUACUAAGGGAAAGCAGUGUGAAAUACAAAAGAGAUUUAGCUUAAAUCUAAACAGUCUCAAAUUGAAACGGUUGAACGCUUUCUCCAUCAAAAUUGAAACAAAUAUUUCUUUCGUUUUAUGCCAAAAUUUCCAGUUGAUCACUAUCGCAUCACUUAAACUCUUCUCUGCAUCCAAAUGAAAUUUUACUCCAAAUUCAUCACUGAUAUUUCUUACUUUUCAAACCAUAGAUGUUAUUUGUUUUUUCGAAAAAUCAUCACAUUUAGCACUCUUAUUAUCACCAAGGAAAAGAAAAUUAAUUUUUAGUAGGAACAAAAGCUACUCGAAUGAUUGAAUCAGAAUGAAAAAUUAGAAUCAGAGGAAACAGAGUGAAAGAGAAAAUUAAAAGAUGAAGAAAAGAAGAAUUGGUCAAACGUGCGUGUGUUUCAAAAAUCUGGGUAAAGCAUGUUUCAUCUUUUUGAAUAAUAAACUUGUGAAUAAAGUUGAAUUGAUGAUAAUAUGAAAGGUGUAAGUAAACACCUAUUAUACAUAUGUUAGGACAUCAAUUGAUAUAUAGAAUUUUAUGCGCACAUGCACACACAACCGUCUCGUGUUACUUGUUUGUACAUAAAAUGGAAAAAUUAAAUUCAUCAAUAAUAUUCACAGAAAAGCCACCUAAACUAAAAAUCAAUAGUAAAAUUUAAAUAAAUGGAAGAAAGAUGGUUUUAAUAUUCAAUAGGUUGAAAUUGUAAUGAAAGUAGCAUGAAAUGAUAUAUUUACAAAUUUUAAUAAAACUAUAUAUUUUUGUAAAUGAACACAGAAUCAAAACUUCUAAAAUAGAAUGAAAUAGUACACGAGUAAAAUUCCAAUCAAUAAAUAGAAGGAAGAACUGGAAGAUGAACCACAAUUUUUAGGCUCCAUUGUACAAACUUUCCACUGAUAGCGCAAAAAGAAUUAAAUAAUGAUUAUGUUGAUGAUCACGUUAAAAAGAAGGUGAAUAUGAAAAAUUUGUUUAUGUUGUCAGCAUAUAUUUACCGAUGGAAAUGAAAAGUAAAAUAUCAAAGCACUGCAGAAAAUAGAUAACAAAAUACAAAACGUGUGUGUAUGUGUGCCUGUACAGUUUAAGAAGGAGGAGAAAUCAUCAAAAAAACUAACUCACAGCGUGCUAACAGACGAAUGUAUAAGACAAGAGGUUUUAAGAUUUAGGACAUUUAGGCAUAUACAGUAAAUGAGUUUACAUAAGGUGAAAAGCUUACUGGUAAUAUCAAAAGAGAACAUAAAAAGUGUACAUAGGACACCAAAUGGUUUGAGAGAUACUAAAAUAAACGAAAAUUUAUUAUUAAAACACAAUCUAAAAUUCUCAAAUAUAUAAAUACAAUUAUAAAUUAUGCAAUGCAGAGAAAAACCAUAAAACAUCAAAAUGACCGUAACAUUAAUCAACGUUUUACACGUUAAGCAUUUACUUCAUAAAAAAUUUUUAAAAAUGCCAUAUUUUAAAGGAACCAAUCCAGCAGGAUUAAAACAAACAGAAGAACAACCCCAAGUGACGGGAAAGUGCACACAUAAAUGAAAAUUAACAUGCAAAAUAUACAACAAAAUAGAAUAUUCAUGAAAUUCUGAAAUUUAAACUAAUUGCCACUAUGAAUAGUAAAUAAUAUUACAGAUGAUGAAGGAGUGCUAUUGAAAAUAUUAUAUAUUCUCCAAAAUUUAUUCUGCUAUUCGAAAUAAAUUCGGCUAAUUGUUGAUUGUUAUUUCAUAUUUGUUCGCUUCUAACUUUCCUAGACACUCUUGUUUAGUGAAAAUUAUUAUUUUUUUUUGAAAGAAACAUGAAAGUCUUUUAGAACUAUAAAAGAUGAAGCAAUGAAAACAAAGUGAGAGAAAACAAGAGGCACUUAUCGAAAUCCGGCACAAUUGUAUGCAAGACGUAGGUUUUAAGUAUUGUAUUUCAGAACCUAAUAAGAUGGCAGAUGAUUUGAAGGAGAAACUGGCACAGUUUGGAUGAAACCUUUUUGAAAUGAUUUGUAAAUUUUCAUUUAUAUUGCUCUCUUCAUUGAAGAGGUAAUGAAAUUUGCGAGAAAAUAUAAAAUUGUUACUGUGCAUUGUUUUCGAUUUUCGGAUCAGAUGGAAGUGAUUUAGGAUUCAUUAGAUCAUUGUAGUAAUAGUGUUUGUCACCGGAAGACGUUUGAAUGGUUCGAUUGUUGGUUGGCCGAGAACAUAAAAUCAGUGGCAUACAUGUCCACUAACAGUUCAUAUUUCAAACGCGAAUCGUAUACAUUUUCGGCUUUAUCUUCUACAAUUAUAUAUGAAGUUAAUUUAAAUUUUCUAAACAAUUACCAUUUCCCAGAAACGUUGCAAUUUGUUUCUAAUAAUAUCUUAAAUGGAUCCUUAAAUUAUCUUAGAACGAAAAUGGAACCAAUGGUUAUUUUCUAAAUUCUUCCAUAUAUUUCAAACCAUAGAAAUCGAAAGCAUGCCACAAAAUUAAUUGAAAGAGAAACGGGGAAAAAUCUUAUCUUAUUAUAAAGGAUAUUGCACAUCUCGAAAAGAAGAUUUGGCCAGUUUUGAGGGAAAGAAAACAGAACAAUCAGAUUACGAGAAAAGUAAAAACAUUUAAGGAAAAAUACAUAAAUGUAAAAUACAGCAAAAGCAGAAAUCAUGAACUUGUUGAAUGCUCUUAUAAGACGAAAACAAAUAAAUAAAAUUAUUUCUUUCUUAUUUUCUCUUUUCAAUUUUUACUUAAAACACAACGAAGUAAGAGUCGAAAUUGAGAUUAAUUAAAUGAAAAGUCGAUUAUUGUACGUGCUACAUCCACAUGUUUUACGGUACGUUAUGGAUUUUAAUUAUGAAAUUUCCUAGAAAUGAAAGAAGUUUUUUCUUCUCAAUUAGUCUAUUUAAAAAUCCGCAAUUUUUUUUUACUAAUGGAAGAUUUGUGCAAUAAGUUCGGCAUAGCGAAAUUGUUUUUAAUCUAUAAUAUCCAUUGUUGGAAGCAAUGAGAGGGGGACGUAUUUUAAAAUAGAAUAACGUUUUUGAGUGAGAUGCAGAGACAGCAAUGAAUGAUAAGGACAAUUUUAAAAUGUAAUAUAUUUUUAUUUCUUUCCAAUAACGUCAUUUGUGAUCGCCUAUUUAGUGUCUUUUUCUGAUAUUUAACACAAUUUUAGCCCUUUUGCUGUUGUUAUCAAAUUAUUUUGAAAGUUCAACUGUGAUUAUCUAUGAAAGAUUUUUGUUGUCAUAUUUAAUAACGUUUAAGAUGAAAUUGUAGUUAAUCUUUAUUAUUAUUAUAUACAAUUCAUCUAUGUUGCCAAUGCUGUUUCUGCAUGAGAGUUGUUAAAGCUAUGAAUCUAAUCGUUUGAUUAUUGUAAAACACAAAUGUUCGCUUUAUAUACCAUCCUUCACUAAUUCCAAGCGAUUAUUUGUGUUACAACGUAGCAGAAGUUCAAGACCGUGAGAUCUCAGUGAGUAAAAUUUAGAAUGGAAAUAUAUAGAUAGAUAAAGCAAUUGUCCGACCGAAAUUUGUUCACUUGUUAUCAAUGUCCUAAACUAAAUGUUGCCUUUGAUCAACUAGCUAAAUGGUCUGUGUUACCACAUGCAUUUUUUAGCAAACUAUUACACUCUAUUCACAAAUUUUAUAUCCAUAACACCAUAAACAUGUUGGCAAAUUUGUUCAGAGAAGAAGGAAACCUUAUCUCUUAAUGAAAAACACAAAAAAUAUGAAAAAAAUAAAAUCAAAUAGUAAUAUUAUAACCAACAUGAAAAAGGCUGAUCUACUUUUCGUAUAAUAAAUGCGUUAAAUAAAUGUAUAAAUAAAAACAAACGAAUAGGGGUAUUUGAUAAAAAUCGAAUGAGAUGAAUGAGAAACCCCAAAAUCUAUCGAGGUUUUUCCAUCCCCUCUUAUAUAUAUACAUAUAUAUAUAUAUAUAACAACAUCAUAUCAAGUAAUUGAAAAUGUAAAUCUGUUUAUUGUAGACAUACCCAAGUGGAAAUCGAAAUAAAAAAAAUAAACUCUAACGAAAAACAUUAAUUUUGAAUUUGAUUAUAUUGAAUCAUUAACUUCAACGCAUUACAAAUUGUGUUGUUGUAAUAUUCAAGUAAUUGAAAGAGUGAAUUAGACAAUUGUUUUGUAUAGAGAGUGCAUUUCAACACCAAAUGAUUUAUAUUAAAAAAUAUUGCAUUACAAAACGAAAAACUGUGAAAAUUGCUAUUUUUGUGGUAAUUCGAAAACAAUCGAAUCUAUCUUGAACACUUAGAAAAGCAUUUUUCUACUUCAUGCCGUGAGCAUUUCAAUCGGAAACAAAAUACUAAAAGAACGACAAAUUUGUGGGAAAAAAAUUAAAUCGAAUUUUUAAUAUCAUAUUCCGAAUUUUAACAUCUCAAAAUAUUUAUGUUGAAUUAUACAAAUAAAAAUAGUGAUUUGAGUAAAAGAUUAAUAACUAAGAAGAAAAAACGAGAGGAAAUCACUGCAAUCGAAAUUCUAAUUACGACUAAUUAGUGAAAGAUAUGAGCAACUACAAGAUAUAUAUUUAAAAAUAAAAAAAAAAAAUCACUGCCAAAAAACUUAAAGAGAAUUGUUAUAUAAUUUAAUUUAUGUUAAACAGCAAAAUGAAUAUUCAAAACAAUCCAAUCGCACUCAAUGCAAAUCAGUGCAAGUUAUAUAUGAUUUUCCAAAAUAAACAAAAUAGACCGAGCAUGCCAUUAUGCCGCCCUAAUUACUCAGAUCGAUUGAAAAAUAAAAUUGUCAUAAUUUGGUUUUUAUUUUCCUAAAAACACAAGAAUACUAAUUAAAUUCAUUGAAAAAAAAGUGAAAUACAAUCCAAAAUGAGGGAGGAAUUAAAAUUAAUUCGAAUAUAAAUGCUAUUCCCACUACAUCUUUAAAAAUAAUAUAAAGAAAACAUUUACCUACAUGUAAAAAAACGCGUAAAUAUUGUCUUAUUCUAAUAUUUAGAUGUAAUAUUAAUUAUAUAUAUUGAUAUCGGCGUUAUUAGAGACUUGUGUACGGAAAUAAAGAUUAAAAAAAGGCAAGAAUAUAAGAGAAUAGAAGUGUUACAAUGAAAACAAAGAAUACCAAUUGGCACAAUCAAAAUCAAUAGCUUUUUAGAAAUGAUGAAUACCUAACGUACAUAGAUGGUUAGCAUGCAAUGUAUUGCAUGUGGAGUGAAGUGAUGUUCUAAAAUCGAAGGCAUGGAUGCUUUUUCAAUUCGUUUUUCCAUGAAAUGUACAAAUUUGCCAAAAUUUUUCGAUGAUAUUUAGAUGAUAUGAAAUCCUUCCCGACAAUCAGUUCAAAUGAAAAAGUUUUAUUCUUUCCAUAAACUGCUGUGACCUAGUUGGUUGGGCGCCAGCCUCUCUCUGAUGAUAUUGCAAUUGAGGUGCAUUCUCAUUGACAAUGAAUUCGAAUGUCCUAUACUCGACUAACAGUCCAGCAGGAAAAUCAUGCAUACCCUUCUGAAAUUGAACAAUCAGCCUAAUUUUGACAAAGACUAUCGGCAAGUCUUCUGAGGAAGCUUCGAUGGCGAAGGAAUCACACCUUCCUCCCGACAGGCCCGAAUAAAAGUUGCAGGCCAAAUCACGUUGUUAUCUAGGGAGGAAGGACAAGCACUGUGCCACUGUUCCUCAAUCAGUUCCCAAUGCAGGAUAAUCGUAACAGAUACUUCCAAGUAUCUUUUUUAGAAAUCCUUUCCGAAUAUGGACGUUUUUCGGUAGUUGAAAUUUUAUGAUUCUAAUCUAUUUCAAUUCAGUUCUCUUGUUGGUCUUAUGUCCGGAUCACUUGGUGGCUAGAAAACUAAGCUGUCGCAACGGAAGGUCACGAGUUAAACCUCACCGGUGGCAGAGAGCUUUGUAUCCAAGCCUAAAUGCCAGACUGCACUUUAGUCUCGAUGAUUAUUCUACACAAGCAAAUUUUCAGGUUUGGGUUAUGUAUUUCGUUGAUCCCGAGUCUGAUUUUAUUCCUUGAUGACUCUAACUUUUUGAAACAUCUCUUUCGAAUGUUGUACAAAGUAUUGAUCAAUAACGUGGAUUUUUUUGAGUAACAUGCCUUUGAAGUGAGGGCAAUAUUGCUUAGAAUAGAUGCUUGGAAGCAGAGCAUUUUUUUAUAUCAGAAUGUUUCUCAUCACUCCUACGCAACUCAUCUGCAUAAUUGCAACGAAACAUAAUCUGAAUAUGAUAAAUGAAAUCCUACUGUGUCAGCCACGCAAACUAUAGAGCCCAUGGGUUUGCUUUUACAGCUUUCUCCAUUUCUUCUGCAUUUUCUGACAAAAAAUAACAACAGCAACAGAAAUCAGGGGGUAAACUAACUGGGAAGAGGUAGUUUCGCUCAAAAUAAUACCAGGCAAGUUUAUCAAACCCAAACCAGUACGGUUAGGAAUGAAAUUUGUUUAUAUCGCCUAUAAGCAGUGGACCUACUCAUUAAGGGUCCCUUAAUAACGAGGUCAAUCAUGGUGCGCAAAAUCUUAAGUCCUCUAUCAUCAACAGAAUUACUCUGUUAUGUACGAGCCACUGAUUAAUGAAACAUCACGAUCUCUUAGGAGAAAGGGAAACCCUUUUACUUAGGCUAUGCAGCAAACUACACGUCACGCAUUUUUCGACGACUUCAAAAGUAGCUCAACUUCAAUUCGGGGCUCUGAAGCUUUUUCUUAAUUUUGUGAUUUAGUUCUGAAAUUUAGACCGGCGUGUUUAGUGAAUAAAGGCCUCAUCAUUACAUUACCCUCUAUUUAGGCUAUGUACCCCACUAUUCUCCGAUCAAAACGAAAAGAAGAACAAAAUAUCUCUGAGUCACUUCAUUCCCAAGUACCAGUCUAUGUACGUCCUCUUACCAACCAACGAAAUACAUAAACAUCAUCGGAUAUGAUGAAAUAUAACACUAAAAUCCAGUCGCAUCAUCAAAAACUUCCUUUCUCCAUUAAAUAAUAUAAUCUAAAUGGUGCACAUUUUUAUAUCCUUAAAAAAGUAUUCUUCUCGGAAUUAAAGAAUAUGAAUAAUAAUCCCAUGCAAUAAAUGAUGUAAGCAGUAAAAGAGCGUUGAUAUUGAACAUUUAAUUUUAUCGGAUUCGAUGUGAGAAAAACAAGUAAAAACUAUUACCAAGACAAAAUAUUUUUCAAUGGAAACGUCUUAAUCGAUAGAACGCUGAAUUCUGAAUUUUUGUUAUGACUAUGGGGCAUAGAGCAAACGUGAAAGAUAUAAGUGGUCUGUAGUUUUACGAUUAAACAAUAGCUGAUAUUUUAUGGGGCAUCGGUGUGUACUGCGGUGGACCAAAACAAUACAAAAUUUUGAACUAAAUCUAGAAGAGACAGAAUUUUAUAUUUAAGCGAACAAUAUUCAGUUUUUUUUUUUGAUUGUUGCUACAAAUACGGAGACAUCAUUUUUCACACUGUGUAUUGAGGUCAAUUUGCUAUUCCUUUUGUUCUCACCUACUUUACUGUUUUCAUGUUUUCGGGCUUAAAAGCUUUGGCAAAAUAUUGUUUCUCUCGCAGCCUUCUUAACCCUCCCCCCUCUCCUGCUAAGUCUUUCCAAUUUGUCAAAUUAAUUUCUGCUGAGAAGGUGGUUUCAGAUGGAUUACACAUACCGUCACACUCCUGUUAAUUCAUUUUGUUGAUGCAUCGUUAAAAAAUUAAAAUAAAUGCUAAUCUUUGGUAGCAACAAAUAGAAAAGAAGUAAUAGCAGAUUAGAGCAGUUGAAUUAGAUAAAAUGAACCAAAAUUAAUAUAUUCUAAAGACUUACUGAUGAAGCGGGUUUCAGAAUAGAACAAAUUUAAAUUAUAGCUAAAUACUUUUCAUUCGGCAUACCACUCGAAUAUACAAAAUGAAACCAUAGCACACCGAUAAAUAAAAACCAUGAUUUCAAUUUCUCGUGUUUGAACAAUGCCCCUAAAUAUACACAUUUCUGGGCCAGUAUUGACAAAGCAAGCACAAAACUUGAGUACAUUUAAAAGUCUGACAAAAAGUUACCAUUAUAUAUAAAAAUAGUUACAUUGAAGAGAAGGACUUAGAGAACACAGUUUGUACUAUGCUUCAUAAGUCCUUUAACAACAAACAAUCCGUUCAGAUAUGUACGUUUCCACGCGUUAUACGUCGUAAUCUAAGUUUUAAUUGGUGAAAUUUAAUAAAAUAAAAACCUGACUGACACAUUUUAUACUUUAAAGUUAAAUUUAUAACGCGGAAUAAAUUUUAACAAAACAAAUCGGAAAAUUAUUAUGCGAAAAAUAUACAGUUUUUAAGACUAGAAUUCGUGCUUAGAUAUAAAUAUGUCUUAAAAAUUCUGAUUAAUUUUCAUUAAAAAACCAAGAAGAACGGUCUAUUCACAUUUGAGGAAAAUUUUGGAGUUUAACAAAUCCAUACAUAAUUUCCCAAUAACAUCAAUAAAUGAAAAAAUAGAAUUAUUAUUUCAUUCAAACUGAAUUCAUAUAUAAAGGCUGCUACUUUGAUUCUCAAUUAUUUUUAUUCACGAAUAAAGACAUAGAAAAUAAUGAGAAUAUUUUCUUUUGCAUACAUUGAAGCGGUAAGGUUUGGCUUGUAGAAAGGUUAAUGAAGUAAAUAAUAAAAAAAAAAUGAAAUGUCGCAAAGAUAAUAAUAAGUAGUAGAUCGUUUUGUUUAUCAGAAGGUGACUCCUCUGAAUGAAUCUGUAUCUCGCUUUAACGUACAACAAAAAUCCUUUCUACUUCCCAACUUCAAACUGUAUCCAACUAUUAAUGAAACAUAUUGCAAAAUAAGAUAAAUGGAUCAGGACCUAUUUCUUACACCUUAAACCUUUGUAUAAAAAUCAAAAACCAACUCUGAAACUUUAAUGUAAAACUGCAGCAGCACUUGUGCUUAACACAAGGGAAAUAAAAAUAGAUACAAAUAAUAUAAACUUUGUAAAUGGAUAUAAAAUGCAAAAUACAGUUGAAGUGAGUGAACAAACCUGAACUAUACAUACAUAUAUAUAUUUAUCAUAUACAUUAUAUGCAUACAAAUGGAUCUCUUUAAACAAUAAAAUAAUAUAAUAUUUUAUGAAAUAAAUUUUAAAGAAGAAAAAUCAGAAAAGCCGUAAAAUAUACUAAAAAUGUGAAAUCAAUAAAAAGGUACAUUGAUGAAUACACUCUUUUGAAUUAUAAAUGGAUAUCGGAAAGAAACAAAUAUGUAGUAUAUCUGUAAAACGGGCAGAAGAAAAUAAACUGUAAUAAUAUAUUUUCAAUAAAAACAUAUAUAUAUAAAUAUCAGUCAAACUGUAUACAUGUGUUCCACAGCUUCAAAAGAUACAAAAAUGCAAGCAGAAAAGAAAAAAAUUGUUAAUUACGUGCAGACGAAAAAAGAUACAAAAAAAAAUCAAUAAAAAACUACAAAACCAAAUUCAAAAAUUAUAUUCCAAAAAAAAAUCAAUAAAAAAAAGAGAAAAACUAUGAACAGAAACAUGUCUGAAGUUGCAACUGCUUGGAUAUGUGUAAGAAUAAUAAUUACUAUUACUAUUAUUAUGAUUAUGAUUGAAAAAAUAUAUUACUAAGAAGUUAAUAUUUAAUUAAAGCGAAGUAAGAAAAAAUGAGAAAAAAAACGUAACACAAGAUUGCAAACAAUCAUACAAACAAUAUUAUUGUUUUUCCCCCCUUCUAACAAAACGUUGUCAUUGGAUUUAAGAAAAGAAAAAAAUAUAUUAUAUUAUGGAUAGCGACAAAAAAA